AUUGCUAAGAAAAAGUCAGCAGGGGAGUUCCUGUUUUCGUUUUCAGGACCAUCAUCUUUACUUCAGUCUGAGACUAUACUUUCUUUUUUUAAGGACGGAGUUAAAGCCCAGAUCUGUGUCUUCAAAUAAAUAAAUACAACUUCAAAAACAGCCUUUCAUCACUGAAGUUCAACAGGUCAAUUUAUCUUCCACUGAUUUCAUCAUCUUUCCCAAUGAAUGUCUCCCAAACAAUGGAGACAGAGGAGGAUCUCCUGACUUGUCUCCAAAUCAAGUUUUACAACCCACAUCAGAAUGUCAAAGGUCUCUAUGAGCUGCUUCCCUUGGGGACCAGGAGCCGACAAUAUGCAGAUGUCCCUCUCAGGCUGGGACGAGAUGCCAAGUCCUGCACCUUUGCCCUCAAUGACAUGCGCGUGUCCCGCAAACAGCUGGCCCUCUACGCCUACCGCACUCCACAGAGCCCCGACAUGCUCUUCACCAUCCAGAACUUGAGUCAGAGAGGAAGACUGUCAGUGAACAGCUCGGUGCUGAACUUCCUUGAGAGGAUGGACCUUCCAAACAAGGCCCUCAUCCGGUUUGGAGAGUAUGAGAUGCUGAUCAUCCGCGAGGCGGGCGAGGCCAAGGGGAGCUUCGAGGUGGAGUUUGAGGUGCUGACAGUGCCUCCGUCCAGAGAGACAUGCAUGUGUGUGCCCAGUAUGAACCCAGUCAUGGACACAGGCUCAAGUGGGACUAAUAGUUUCACAGCUGAACUCGCAGCACUGGGCCCUCUGGAGACUGAUGAAACUCUUAUGUACCAGUCAUGAUGUCAGAUGUUACUUUGUUUGUACUGAUAUACUCUCCACAGUUGUUCUUUGCAUCUGGAUAACACCCCCUUCUGUAAUGUGAAAUCAUAUUUACACCAUGUAUCUAUUGCAUUAUAUUUUUUAGUUAACAGUUAUUUGUUAUAUUUUUCUAACUUGAGCACAUUACAUUGUUUUUUAAAAAGCAUCUUAUUGUGUUGUUUAAUUACUGUGUUUGUCAGACAUAUUUGUUACAAGAAAUUCAGGGAAACCUUCAUUUGAUGGCAAUCUUUGAUUCUGCCUUCUCCCUGGAAAAACAAAAGACGUAUGGAGAUGCAACCAGUUUGACCAGUUUGGCUUUGAGAUAAGCUUCCACACUUCUUCAGAUGAACUGUUAAGGGAAACUGUCUUGAGAAGAGCAAAAAAAAAAAAUUAUGUUCAAUCACAAUGAUGUAAAAUUGUUUUUUAUGUUUAUGUGAACAGUUAUGUUCUUCAGCUCAGGUUAAUACCAGGCAUGAAUACAAAUGUUGGAAAAUCGGUUUCACUCUGUGGGGCGAAACAAUAAGGCAAAACCUCUCCGGGGUAAAAAAAAAACGCUAUAACCCCAGCAAGAUGUCAGAGAUUAGAACCACCGGUCAGGUAUCCUGUUUGGAUUUUUUUAUAGUCAUAUAACAAAGUCCAGGCUGAUAUCGUUGGAAUGUGAUGCACCAUCAAAACCCCCAUAACCACCACCCCCCCCCUCACAGACAGAGUAUUGAAACUGUAAACCUCCCUGGAAUUCUGGAAAGUCCACCAAGGAGGGAGUGUGUGCAGUCAGUGUGUGUGUGUCAGGGCCUCAAGAGAGUCGUCAUUUGAACUGAAAUGACCUCAGUGAGCAAAUCAAACUUUUCAAAAAGGGAAUAGAGAAAUGACCCGCCUCACUCUUUGAAACAGAUCUUGAAGGUCUUUCUUUAAACUGACAAUAACACAGCUACAGUUUUUUUCAAGAAUGGCUCUUUUUCAGGAUGUCAAAUAUUUUCAUAGGCUACUACAUGUGUCGGAUACAAUCUCCAUUAUUUGAAUGGUUGAAUCAAAAAAGGACUGAAGCUUAAAAAAAUAAAAAAAAUAAAAAACUA